UAGCUGUUGGGGGUAUUACCUCCUCCUUAUAUACUUGGGAAACAAUCUGUGGAACCAUUAAAGUCCAACAUGACUGCAGCCAGGCUCUUAUCUGUUUUUCUACUGGUGCUGAUUAUCCCUCACUAUGAUUGCAGACCACGGGGCCGGAUCUUAGGCGGGUCAGAGUCCGCUCCACACAACAGACCAUACAUGGUAUCAUUGAACGUGGAAGGCAGUCAUUUAUGUGGUGGAGCCUUAAUCAGUCCGCAGUGGGUGGUCAGUGCGGCACACUGUGUUCCUGACAACCCUAACAAUACUAUUUUGGCUGUACUGGGGACCAACUCUCUGUCGGACCCUGGGAGGUUGGUUGUCGGCAUUGAGAAACAGUUCAUCCAUCCUCUGUACAACAAAACUACCAAGGAACAUGACCUCCUUCUUUUGAAGCUAGAAUUAAAAGUCCCACUGAGUGAUAAGGUGAAGCCCAUACAAAUCCAAAGUGAAGACAAAAAGAUACCUGCAAAUACCAAAUGCCUUGUAGCUGGCUGGGGGAAAAUAAAGCGUACAGGGAAGAAACCAGACCAGCUGAAUGAGGUGAUGGUACCUGUAAUCAGCAGAGAAGUUUGUAAUGGUCGGGGUUACUAUCAAGAUGAAAUCACUGAGAAUAUGAUGUGUGCCGGGACUGGGAAACAAGACUCAUGUGAGGGAGACUCCGGGGGUCCCUUGGUGUGUUCUGAAGUGCUGGAGGCUGUAGUGUCAUCUGGAUUUAGUGUCUGUGGUAAUGCCAGACGGCCAGGCAUCUACACCCGUUUAUAUCCCUAUAGAAGAUUUAUAGAAGAAACCAUGCAUAAUGCCACCCUAUACAGUACUUCUGCUACAACAAUCAAAUCCUAAACGACAACCGAAUGUAGUACAGCACAAAUAUAUAAA